CAUUGCAUUUUCUUUUCUACCAUUCUCCAGUUUCAGCAAGAUGGCUUCAGUAGAAAAUAUGAGAAGAAGAGCUCAGGGCCUAGCUUCAAUUCUGGCAAUCGCCACUGCGAAUCCGCCCAAUAUUUUCUAUCAAACUGAUUAUCCUGAUUUCUACUUUCGAAUCACUCGAAGCGAUCAUAUGACUCAACUCAAAGAUAAGUUCAAACGAAUUUGUGAGAAAUCAAUGAUUAGGAAACGACACAUGUAUUUGAGUGAAGAAAUCAUCAACCAAAUCCCAAACAUAACUUGUUUCAACUCUCCUUCUCUUGAUGCUCGUCAAGAAAUUCUGAAGAUUGAAAUUCCAAAGCUUGGCAAAGAAGCUGCAUUGAAAGCCAUCAAAGAAUGGAACCAACCUUUGUCAAGUAUCACCCACCUUAUCUUCUGUACAUCUUCUUCUGCUGGAGAGAUGCCUGGUGCCGACCACCAGCUAACCAAGCUCCUCGGCCUCCCACCCUCCGUUCAAAGACUCAUGAUCUAUCAAGGCGGUUGCUUUGCUGCAGGCACCGCUCUCCGCCUCGCCAAGGACAUCGCAGAGAACAAUGCAGGCGCUCGUGUUCUUAUUGUAAGCUCCGAAAUAAUGCUCGGCUGCUUUCACGCACCUUCAGACACCUACUUGGACGUUUUUGUCGGCUCCGCAAUCUUCGGAGAUGGCGCAGCCGCCGUGAUCGUCGGCGCUGACCCUAACACAACCACCGAGCGCCCACUCUUCCAACUACUCUCAGCCUCUCAAAACCUCAUCCCGGACUCAGAAGACGGCGUCGUAGGACACAUUCGUGAGAGGGGUUUGCAAUACUUCUUAUCCAAAACGGUUACUGAAAAAAUCGCCAACAACAUUCUUCAAUGUUGCGAAGAAACAUUUUGUAAACUCAGCGUCAAUGACAGGAACUCGCUGUUCUAUGUGGUUCAUCCUGGCGGCCCAUCGAUUCUGCAGGCGGUGCAGCAGAAACUGGGGCUGAAGGAAGAUAAAUUGGGAGCGAGUUGGGGUGUGCUGAGGGAAUAUGGUAAUAUGUGGAGCGGUAGCCCGUUGUUUAUACUUGAUGAGAUGAGGAAGCGGUCUGUGGAAGAAGGCAAAAGCACCACCGGCGAAGGGCUUGAUUGCGGCGUCUUGUUGGCGUUCGGGCCGGGGCUGACGGUGGAGACGAUUGUGCUGAAAAGCUUUGACCUAGAAUGAUCAUCUUCUUCAUGCAUGAUGGGGAGUUUGCGUUGUCUAGUUAAUUUAGAAUAAAUGGAUGAUCAUGUUGUUUAGUUAAAUUAUUAAAUAAAUUAAUUAAUAACUAUUAUGUUA